UAGCCCCGCCAGCUGACAGACCAGAACAGAAGGAGUUAAUUACCAGUGACAUCAUGAAGUGUUCGGUGCACGCUGACAAGACCGUCAUCAUGGUGUGUCGAGCCCAGCAAUGCGAGUCUUGUUUCGUCUGCGUCCUCUGUAUAGCGGGAUCUCACAACGGACACAAAAUGGCCACAAUUGGGGAGGUCGGACGAAUGGCGAAGAAACGACUCCAGGAUACGUUCACGGCUAAUGACAAAUACCUCGAUGACCAGAAGAGGAAGAUAGAGAUUAUCAACGGUAUGCAACUGGCAGAUGACAUGAAACAGAAGGAAUUACGUCAACUGAUGGAAACACAAGGCCAACGCAUGCAUGAGACUGUGGACAAGGUUAUAGCACAUAUGAUUUCCCAUUAUGAUUUCAAGUAUGAACGACGACUGAAAGAGCUGGAUUGCACAAAACACUUGAUAAGAGAAGAUAUUACAAGAGUACAAUCAUCACAAGACAGUUUGGAACAGACUCUGGAAACUGACGACUGGCUACAAAUUGUCGAGGACGAGAAAAAAUUGACGACGACACGAAAGGUAGAAGACCUUCCCGAGGAUAUCACCCUUGGUGUAACAGCAGAGGAGGUUAACAACAAUCUUGUCGAGGGUAUCCUAUCCGCUCUAUAGCAAUGUCAACCACUCAGUAGAUCUGUGACAGAAGAACACGAGUCAGACUUCAAGGGAACAAUAUAUAGGUAUAAAGCACUACAGUCGUUAUCUUCCUUCUCAUUUUCACACAACUAUGAUAUAACUUGUAUACCAGUUAUAAAAGUUCAUGCAUGGAUAGAUGUGGCAAAUGAAAUAGACGUAUGUUUAUGCGACAGAGAAGGAAUAAAAUCCAAAGAAACGACUUUUGAAGAAGAUUUUCGUGGAGUGGCGGUAGCUGAAAAUGAUAAAUUGCUUGUUGCCUUUACUGACAUCAAAUGUGUGAAAAAGAUGUCAGUUGAUGGUGAACCUCUAAUGACUCUCAGUACGGACCCGUGGAUGCCGAACAGAAUGUGUGUCGCAAGUAACGGCGACAUCUUAGUCACACAGGUCUCUUCCUUUGAGAAACGUCUUGCAGACACAGCAGGUAUCGUGAGUCGGUACACAACCCACGGAAAGAGGAUGGUCACGGUUGAGCGGGAUCGAUUCGGUAACACUAUCUGUCCCAAAUUUAUAGCUGCCAGCCGCGUAUCCGACUUGGUUGUCGUCACUACACUCACCAAUGAAGAAAAUGGCGGAUAUAAUGGUCACGUGGUAGUGAUGACUGGGGACCUACAAGUGAAGUUCCGAUACCUUAGUGAUGGGCGGGUCAUUCCUGGGGACCAGCAGUACCAUCCAGAUAUCUCAACCAAACACUUCUGUGCAGAUAGUCAGGACAACAUCAUUCUUGGUGCUGUUAAUUUAGGUUCUAUAGAGAUAAUAGACAAACACGGACACAAACUUAAGCAUCUGGGACAGGUUGAUGACAUGGGUUGCCUCGCCAUUUCCAGGGACAAUGAGUUAUGGGUAGGAAAGACAAAAGGUCAAGUGGAGGUCUUCAAGUAUACCUGAAUCAUCCAGGGAGUACAGUUUUCUUGUUUUGCUCCUUGCCGUGCCAUACCUUAACAAUAUCAAGGUUGCCAUAAAUCAAUCGGUAGCUGAUCUUGCCGUUCUGUGUACUUAUAUUUAACUCAUUAAGUUCGAGUGAAAUUCCUCAGAUUUUGUGCGAAAACAUUGUAGAAUAAUCUGGUUAGUGAAUUGAUGAGAGCGUUACGGUGACUUUCGGUUUUUUCUCCGAAAGAAAUCGUUUUUGUCGAAGUAAAAAUGUCAAUAUUUAUUUUAUUUGUUGGCUUCUGUAAAGCAUAUUUACAGAAACUAAGACACCCCUGAACACGACAUGACAAACAAACAUUGUAAUGCCAUUAGACAGUUUAUAAUAUAAACAUGUAAUCAUCUAUGUGUUAUCGCUAGUCAUUUGUAUAAACAUGUUUUUUAAUACCACUAGAUAGUUGUAUAAGUGUUGUAUGUAUUUUCACUAAGCGGUUUAUAGACAUGUAACAGUAUAUAUAUCGUGACACCACACAGCUGCAAGGCUUUACGUUGUCGUUUACCUCAAAACCAGGCCCUCGCACAGUUCAUGCUCGCAAACAUUUUACUGCCUAGAAAUGUAAGGAAUAUCUACUGAUAAAUCAUAAAAUGACAGUAUGUCCCCGUGGACGUGGGUUUUUCGUUAUCGUUUACUUUUGGCAUCGUUAUUGAUCAUUUCAUACAUGGAGUUUGUUCACACAUACCUUGAUAUUAAAAAGGUGAAGAAUGAAAGAAAUCCCAACAUUUUUAUUUCAAAUAUUUUUGCUACAUUAAUGAAACUGUGAAUAUGGUUAAAUAAUCGUCAGUGCAAAUCGUUAUAACUCACCGUUGUCAACGCCAUGUCAGUAGUCUACUGCUAGUGACGUAUCUAGUGACAAAAACACGUGUAGUCGUUCUUUUUGGUGUCAUAAACCUUAUGUCGUCUAGCUUGCAAUGUCAAACAGCACUUCGAUUACAUUUUACAGAAAAAAGGGAUAUAUUGGAAAAGAAAAUGCGGAAAAUGUGAAUUAAGAAUUCCAUUUGCCCAUAAUCUGACAUAUUUUAUUUUUGUUUGAACUGUCAAUGUCGUCUAUUUUUUAUAUCUAUGUUGUACAAUAAAAAUUUCACUUUUAUGAAAACAAAAACAUGCUGUAAAGAGAUUCUACACUUCAAUGCCAUAUAUAUCACUCGGGAAGUUACAGUGUUAUAGGUUUUGUAAAACGCGUAUAUGUGAAUUUACUAAAGAUGAUAUUUCAUAGCUGUAAUAAUUGUGAUUUGUAUAUGUAACAAAUGUUCUUUUCAUAUUCAUUUAACAUAAGAGAGAGAUAGAGAUCCUUUUUCUGUCAGUUUUGGCGAAUCAAUUGUUUCUUUCGUAUUAAUGAAGGUAUAAAUUGGUUAGGUGUGUGAGUGCGGAAUACGCUUUACUCCAAAGUGUUAAUAUGUAUACAUAUAUAUCAGCAUCAAUAUACUAUAACUACAAAGUGUUAAUAUGUAUACAUAUAUAUCAGCAUCAAUAUACUAUAACUACAAAGUGUUAAUAUGUAUACAUAUAU